ACUACGUUAGCGUGGUCGUCGGCGUGCAAGCAGUCGUCCGGAGCCCCACUCGCUCUGCUGUUUAACUGCUGAUUAGGAUGAUGAUGAACGAGGAGAAGUACACCGAAGCAAAUGGAGAUGUCGUUCGCAGAGCAAGCGGGGAGGAUGCUGUCAUUAGAGAUCCUAUGUUUGGUAUCCCCCUUCAGCAGAUGUCAGCAACAAGCAAGUACCGGCGCACGGAGUUUGAGGACGAGGAUGGCGAUGGAGAAGCGAACGGCGACACGGCGCGCACCUACGAGCCGGGCGUCACCUACCGGAAGUACAGCGCUGCGAGCUUGUGGCGCCGCCGCACGGCCAUCGAGAAGGCGGCCCUUGUCGCUCUCGCCGUCUGUUGCGUCGUCAUCGUCAUACUGUCGUGCGUCGUCUCGAAGCAGAAGGCGAGAGCGGGGCGGCCGCCGUUAGAGAUCAGCAUCGGCUACGCGGGCACGCAUCCGUUGACGACCGACCGCGCGCCCCUCACCACGGAGAAACCCGGCCAUUCCCAGCCAGCACAGUUCUGCCUGACACCCGCGUGCGUGACAGUCGCCAGCUCUAUCAUCAAUGCCAUGGACUGGACGAUCAAUCCCUGCAAUGACUUCUUCCAGUUUGCCUGCGGUGGAUGGAUCAAGGCGAACCCUAUACCUGAGGGCAAGAGCAUGUGGGGCACGUUCGGUACUCUGUGGCAGGAGAACCAACUCGUGCUAAAGAACGUCCUGGAGCAGCCACUGCCGGCGAACGCGUCCGUCUCCGCCCUGAAGGCGCAAAAGUACUACAAGUCGUGUCUCGACAAGAACGACACGAUGGAGCUGCUGGGUGCGCAGCCUCUCCUUGACCUCAUCGCCAAGGUCGGCGGCUGGAACAUCACGGGCGAGUUUGACCUCGAGACGUGGAACUUUCAAAGCACACUUCAGAAGCUGAAUGACUACGUGAGUGCCUUCUUCGGCGUCUGGGUGGGCGAGGACGACAAGAAUUCAACGACGCACAUACUGCAGGUGGACCAGGCCUCUUUAGGACUUGACAGGAAAUAUUACAUGAACAAGACGGACAGUGAUCAUUUGGUGAUGGAUGCGUACCUCGACUUCAUGGUAGGACUAGGGGUAUUGCUAGGAGGAGAGGAGAAUAGCACGCGUGCUCAGAUGGAAGCCGUACUCGCGUUGGAAACCGAGAUUGCUAACAUCACGACACCGGCCGACCAGCGCCGCGAUGAGGAGAAGAUGUACCACAAGAUGAACAUUAGUGAGCUGACCAAUCUCGCACCCAUUCUCAACAACUACAUGGUGUGGAACCUGGCGCGGCAGAUGUCUCCCUACCUGUCGAAGGCGUUCCGCGAGCUCAACAAGCCGCUCAGCAAGGCGAUGACCGGCUCGGACGGCUUCGACGUCCUCUGGCGCCUCUGCGUCUCCGACACGGACGGCGUCAUCGGUUUCGCGCUCGGCGCCAUGUUCGUGCAGGAGGUGUUCGACGGCGACAGCAAGGCGAAGGCCGAACGCAUGGUGGACAGUGUGAAGAGGGCGUUCAAGCUCAACCUCCCACAGCUAAGUUGGAUGGAUCCAGAAACGCGGCAGGCGGCUCGUGAGAAGGCAGACGCGGUUAUCGACAUGAUUGGAUUUCCUGACUACAUCUUGGAUAUCAAGUCACUCGACAACUACUACUCUGGGCUGGAAUUUGACGAGAACCAGUACUUCACCAAUAAUGUGCACGCCCUCUUGUGGACAAAGCAACGAAUACUGCAGAAGUUGGAGAAGCCAGUCAACAAAUCUGAUUGGGCGAUGACACCACCACAAGUGAAUGCAUACUACUCUCCGUCAUCCAACAGAAUAGUGUUCCCUGCAGGCAUUCUUCAGGCUCCAUUCUACGACCAGGAUUACCCAAAGUCACUCAACUUUGGUGCAAUGGGCGUGGUAAUGGGCCACGAACUAAUUCACGGCUUUGAUGACCAAGGUCGAGAGUAUGACAAAUUCGGCAAUCUGAAGGCCUGGUGGAACAAUGACUCCAUAGUGAACUUCAAGGAGCGCACGCAGUGUCUGGUAGAUCAGUCAGCCACGUACCUAGUUAAUGGCGAACCCAUAAACGGAAAACAGACGCUCGGUGAAAACAUAGCCGACAACGGAGGAUUGAAGUCUGCUUAUUACGCAUACCAGACGUGGGUCAAAGAUAACGGGGAAGAACUGCCCCUGCCAGGAGUCAACUACACACUGAACCAGCUUUUCUUCCUCGGCUUCUCUCAGGUGUGGUGUUCAGCCAGUACAGACGAGGCUAAGCACCUACAGCUAAUCAGUGACACACACAGUCCUGCCAAGUACAGGGUCAUCGGUCCACUGUCGAACUCUCACGAGUUUGCUAGCGCGUGGAAGUGCCCCGUCGACACGGUGAUGAACCCACUGCAGAAAUGCGAAGUGUGGUGAGAGGGAGGAGCAGUGGACAGCUCGAGCCAUACACACCUACACACUGUGAGACAGAGAGAGAGAGAGAGAGAGAAGGCAUCUACCCAUCGCAGGAACAGCCUCUCCGGCACCACUCCCCAGAGAUCGGCACUAAAUAUAUGAGUUGGAGCAUAUUGCCAUAGCAGUAUUAAUAUGAUUUUCCUUGUCCUGUACUUCCCGAUCGGCAAACGAGUAUUCCCUCUCAGAUACGGUUUGGUGCAGCAUCCAUUUUCAGCAUUUCGGGCGUGGCUGAACUGUUACAGAGGUAAGUUCACACAGGCAUCACCUUUAUAUAGGUGCAACUUGAAUACGCACUCGUCAUCUCAGUUGGACCAUUGAGAAUGGAGCCACUAGUCACUUCCUAGUCACGUAAGGGACUGCAGCGAGUCAAUCAAGGAUCAAAUUUGUAUGAGGUUGUUUGUUUUUUCUGUGAUUUACAUAUAUAUAUAUCAAGAGCUCAUAA